UGAGCCAAACACUCAUCACCCAAACCCAUCAAUGAUUUGUGCACAGAGGCACAGUCAUUUCAGUGCAGAAAAGUCCUUUCCAAAACUGUUGCAACACAGAUGGAAACAAAAUUAUUUCAAAAGGAGAUCCAUUGGGAAGAUGUUUCCUCGCUCUGGAAAAUCCAUUGUCUUUGACAGCUUUCCCGAUCCAUCUGACACCUGGGAGAUCAUCGAGACAAUUGGUAAAGGGACCUAUGGGAAAGUUUACAAAGUGCUUAACAAGGUCGAUGGCAGCAAGGCAGCCGUCAAAAUACUGGAUCCAAUCCAUGAUAUUGAUGAAGAGAUCGAAGCCGAGUACAACAUCCUCAAGGCUCUCUCAGAUCAUCCCAAUGUUGUCAAGUUCUUUGGGAUGUUCUUCAAGAAGGACAUCAAGAAUGGUGACCAGCUAUGGCUUGUACUGGAGUUGUGCAAUGGAGGGUCUGUGACAGAUCUGGCAAAAGGUAUGCUAAAGAGAGGAGAUCGCAUGGAGGAACCCAUUAUAGCAUACAUCUUACAUGAGGCUCUUAUGGGUCUCCAGCAUUUACACAUCAAUAAAACCAUUCAUCGAGACGUCAAAGGCAACAAUAUCCUACUCACCACAGGAGGAGGCAUCAAGCUGGUCGACUUUGGGGUGUCAGCUCAACUGACGAACACCCGUCUCAGAAGGAACACUUCAGUCGGGACACCAUUCUGGAUGGCCCCUGAGGUGAUUGCUUGUGAACAGCAGCUGGACUCCACAUAUGAUGAGCGCUGUGAUAUCUGGUCUCUGGGUAUCACAGCUAUAGAGCUUGGUGAUGGAGACCCGCCCCUCGCAGAUCUCCAUCCAUUGAGAGCUCUUUUCAAAAUUCCAAGAAAUCCUCCACCAACCCUCCACCAACCAGAGAUCUGGACUCCUGAAUUUAAUGAUUUCAUAUGCGAGUGUCUGAUAAAGGAUUUUGAGCUUAGACCUAAUGUGUUUGGCCUUCUUCAGCAUGUCUUCAUCAGACAGAUUGUGGGGCGAGAGAAGACGCUGCAGAAGCAGCUGAUGGAACUGAUCGACCUUAACCAGCAGAUGGGCGUUAUCGAGAAAACAAGGCAUGAACGUAUCUAUACCAAAAAAGGCAGCUACAUGAAGUCUCAAGAUCAAGAGUGUGACGACGUGGAUGAUCUCGCAACCCUAGAGAAUCUAGAUGAAAACACAGUCACUGACCAACUACAGAGACGUUAUGCAAAGGACCAGAUCUACACGUAUGUUGGAGACAUCCUUAUAGGAGUUAAUCCCUUCCACAAAACAGAGCUGUACACCCCUGAGCAUUCAAAUAAUUAUGUUGGCGCCAAAAGAACAGCAAACCCUCCACAUAUAUAUGCAGUCGCAGACAUCGCUUAUCAGUCCAUGGUUUCUUAUAAUGCUGAUCAGUGUAUUGUCAUCAGCGGAGAAAGUGGGUCUGGCAAAACAGAGAGUGCCCACCUGUUAGUGCAACAGCUGACCAUUCUUGGAAAGGCUAACAAUCGGAGUCUUCAGGAGAAGAUCUUAUUGGUCAAUAGUCUGGUCGAGGCCUUUGGUAACGCCUGCACUGUGUUCAAUGAUAACUCCAGUCGCUUUGGGAAGUAUCUGGAAAUGAAGUUCACCUGUGGUGGCACAGUGGUGGGAGCUCAGAUUUCUGAAUACCUGCUGGAGAAGACUAGAGUCACACAGCAAGCUGGUGGUGAACGUAACUUCCAUAUCUUCUACUAUAUCUAUGCUGGUCUGGCAGACAGAAAGAAACUAGCUCACUACAAGCUAUCAGAGAGCCAAACUCCAAAGUACCUUCACGAUGAGAAUGUGAAAUUAGUACCUGACGUUGUGGGGAAUGACUUUUAUAAGGAGCAGUUUGAGACGGUGGAACAGUGUUUUAAAGUCAUCGGCUUUACUCUAGAGGAGCUUGGGAGCGUUUACAGCAUCUUAGCUGGGAUCCUAAAAGCGGGUGAUGUUGAGUUCACAUCAGUUGCAUCUGAGCAUCAGACGGACAAGAGCAACAUUUCCAACAUGUCAGAACUAGAGAGCGCUGCAUCGCUGCUGUGUAUUCGUGCAGAUGAGCUACAGGAAGCUCUGACGUCUCACUGUGUGGUUAUGAGGGGUGAAACCAUCGUCAGGUCAAACACGGUGGAGAAGGCCACCGAGGUGCGAGACGCCAUGGGAAAAGCACUGUAUGGACGUCUGUUUAGCUGGAUUGUCAACCGGGUGAACACUCUGCUAAAACCAGAAGACCAAUCUGGAGAUGAAGACAAAGGCCUCAACAUUGGUAUCCUGGAUAUCUUUGGCUUUGAAAACUUUAAAAGAAACUCUUUCGAGCAGCUCUGCAUCAACAUAGCCAAUGAACAGAUCCAGUUCUACUUUAACCAGCACAUCUUUGCCUGGGAGCAGGAUGAGUAUCUAAAUGAAGACGUGGAUGCUCGAGUGAUUGAGUAUGAAGACAACCGGCCUCUGCUGGAUCUCUUUCUUCAGAAGCCCAUGGGGAUGUUAUCUCUACUGGAUGAGGAGAGCCGCUUCCCUCAAGCAACUGAUCAGACGCUUGUCGAGAAAUUUGAGGACAACUUGAAAUCCAAAAACUUCUGGAGACCAAAGAGGGUUGAUCUGGGCUUUGGAAUCCAUCACUAUGCAGGCAAGGUUAUCUACAAUGCCAGCGGGUUUCUGGCUAAGAACAGAGAUGCUCUGCCAGCUGAUAUUGUUCUUCUGCUGAGAUCCUCAGAGAAUGAAUUGAUCCGUAAAUUGGUUACCCACCCGCUCACCAAAACAGGUAACCUGGCUCACACUAAAGGCAAGACUGCUGGAUCUGCUCGUAUGGGCACAAACUCAUCACAACGCACGAGUAGCUUUGCCAAGCUGGAGGUCCUCAUGUUGCUCCGUACUGUAUCAGUCAGUGAGGUGGAGAGUACAGACACCACACAUCACCCCAGAGAAUCCACCAACAUGAAAACACAAACUGUAGCUUCGUAUUUCAGAUACUCACUAAUGGACCUGUUGUCGAAGAUGGUGGCUGGCCAGCCCCAUUUUGUGCGGUGCAUAAAACCCAAUAACGAUCGGCAAGCCAAUAAGUUUGACAGGGAGAAGGUUCUGAUCCAGCUACGAUACACUGGUAUACUAGAGAUCGCCAAGAUCCGCAGACAGGGCUACUCUCAUCGGAUUCUCUUCAACCACUUCAUUGAAAGGUAUACCAUUUUAGCUUUUAAACCCAACGAAGAGCCAGUAGUUGGUCCAGAGACCUGUGUUGCUAUUCUGGAGAAGGCUGAACUAGAGAACUGGGUUCUGGGCAAAACAAAGGUAUUUCUUAAAUACUAUCAUGUGGAGCAGCUGAAUCUGAUGGUAAGACAAACCAUGGACAGAAUCAUUCUGGUUCAGGCGCAUGUGCGAGGCUGGCUUGCAUUCAGACGAUACUCUAAGAUCCAGGAAAAGAGGGUACAAAGUGUUGUCUUAUUGCAGUCAGUGUGCAGAGGAUAUCUGGCAAGGAAGAAAUACAAGGAGCUACGCGAUGAGAAGAACAAUGCUGCUGUGAAGAUCCAGGCCCAUUACAGAGGACACAAAGAAAGGAAGAGCUUCCAAAGAAAGAAGGAAGCCAUGCAAAAGGAGAAGGAAACAAAUACUGAGGAAGCAGCGGAUGUCUCACCGGAGCCAGAGACUGGACCAGAUUCAGAGGAAUUAUCACAGAAUGAAGGGGAAGUAGAAACAGACAAUGCUGAUGAAAAGGCUGCUGUGGUCAUCCAGAGCAACUAUCGAGGCUACAGGGAGAGGAAGAAAUACAAAGAGCAUCAAGAACAAAAUAAGACCUUGACCGGGGAUGAGCUGGAUGCUUCCGUGUCCACCCCUGCAGAGGAAGUCAAUUCUGCAGAAGACCAAAAUACUACACAAGAUGAGGAGCAGGAGAAGGGCACUGAGGAAGAGACUGCUGGAGAGGAUGGGAACACUGAACAGGAAAACAAGGCAGCCACUGUUAUCCAGAGCAACUUCAGAGGUCAUAAAGAACGUAAAAGACUCCAGGAGGAAGGAAAGAUGCCUGAUAGAGGAAGAAAGGAGAUCCAGGAUGUUGCAGAUGAUGAGGACUUGCCCAUACCAGAUCCACCAACACCAGAGGAACUAAUACAACUCAAUGAGUUGGCAGCACAGCAAACUGAGGAAACCUCAAAAGAAGAGGAAGAGAACAAAGCUGCUGUGGUCAUUCAGAGCAACUUCCGUGGCCACCAGGAACGCAAACGACUCCAGGAGGAAGGAAAAAUUCCCAAUAAAAAGGCAAAAGACGAAUCAGCCACAUCAGGAGUAGAUAUUCCCAUUGAGGAGCUUCCACCUCCUUUAGAUCUAGAUUCAGAUGAGGCUCUUGCUAGUCCAUCAGGUCCAGAUGAGGAACACGCAGCAACUGUUAUACAAAGCACCUUUAGAGGCCAUCAAGAAAGAAAACGACUUAAAGAAGAGAGGGAGGCAGCCAGUGGAAAAGAGCAGAAUGCGGCAGAAGAGGAUGAACAGAAAAACGGGGAGAUUGUAGAAGACGACGCUCAUGCUGAGGAAGGUCUGAAUGAUGAGGAGCAAGCAGCCAUAAAAAUCCAGAGCAAUUUUAGAGGUUACAGAGAGAGAAAGAACCUGAAGGCCACAGCAGGAGAACAGGAAGAAGAAGUGGAGGAGCUCUUUCUUCAGGUAAGCAAGGCUUCGGAAGAAUACCUCAGUUUGCAGCAGAAGUUAAACGAAAUUAUCCUCGCCCAUCAGCUCGAUCCCAGCAAAAAUGGGAUGUUUGUGAAGGGAGAAGGGAUUAAUGCUUUAAUGGGUUCCUACACAGGGGUGGACAUAAAGCAGUCGCGAACGUCUCGCAGAAUGCAGCAACCCAAGACCCUGAACACACCAGAAGACUCCACGUACUACACACUCAUUCAUAGGUCUGUUAAGGAUGAUAAGAGGAGAUCAAGAAAACAGAGCCCUAAAAGGCUGGACGAUGAUGAUCAGUACUACCAGGAUUUGUCUAGCAGCAAAGCCACAAGCUCCUUGCCCAGUGUCAGACGCCGGUCAAGCAGACAGAGGCCUUCCAGAGAAAGGAGUUCUUCUGAGAGAUCACUGUCUGAUAACCCUAAGUCUGAUAUUGCUAAAGAGAAGAGACACUCACUUUCUCGAAUGCCCUCUACAGAGAGUCAAAGUGAAGACAACCCCUAUGACUAUAGGAAAAUACUGAGGAAGACCUCACAGAGACAAAAACUCAUAACCCAGCCCUAAUCCUCUGGCCAGAGACCUGACACUUCCCAAAGCGUUUUAACCGAUGUAUUCUGUAAAUACAACAAAUACUUUGCUGUUGACUCAUAGUUAAACAUGUCCUUUGUACUGAAUGCACCUGAUAUUAUAUGAUGAUAUUGUCCUCACUUGAAUUUUAACUUUGUCUUUACAGAAUUUUUUUGUCAGAACUGACAUUUAUAUACAGAAUAAGUUUUCUUAUAUCUCCCUUAUAGUUUUCUUAUAUCUCACUUACCAGUUUCAAUGGAUGCUUUGAUAUACUGUAGUAAGUCAGACAUCUUUCUUUAUAUUUGCCCAUUAAAACCAAAUAUGUUAAUGCCUAGACUGACUUUCAGCUAAUACUGUCAGACAGCUGACAAAAUGUAAUAAAACCACAUGUUCUUGUAAUGAAACCAGCAAUAGCAGCAUAUGCUAUUGCACAUUUCCCUUCAUAUUGUGGUUGUUACAGAUGAUGGUAUAUAAUAAUGUAAAUGGUGCUUUUAGAUUUUGGAUAUAUGUAUCCUAUAUGUAUCCUGUGUUACUAUAUUGUAAAUAUGAUUAAUUAUGUACUUGGACAUUUUGCAAAUAAUUACCACAUUUCAGAUAAUAUUGUAAUUCAUGUUGGCUGUUAUACUCUGUAACCUACAUUAUGAAAUAUUAUAAUAAUUGCUGACUAUAAUGUUUCUUUAAUUUUUAAUCUUUCAUCUAUCCAAUUCAUUAUAGAUUUUAAUCACUUUGGUCCAUAUAGACUAAUAUAUAUUAUUUUAGUUUGGGAUUUAAUGUUUUAUUGACAUCAAACGUAACAAGAAUGACAAUAUGGCUUAAAAU